GGAGUGCUGUCAUUGCGCACUGAUUGGAUUCAUACACACAGAACAUAUGAGCUCUGGUUCAUCGGCUGUUAUUAUUAAUGAGGUAGCUCAAACCCCAUAUGUGUUUUCCUGAGUGACACUUGGCGCCGCACAAUCACGCAGGAGAUGUGUGUUUAAUGGAUACACCUUGGGACGCAUCACUGCUGAAGACUCUCUUAACUCUCGGCUCCGUCUGAGGACUUUCGGCUCAGCGUCGCCAUGUCUUUCCCGGCCAAGGUGAUGAGCGACGGGCUGCUGGAGAAGCGCAGCAGCGGACUCCUCCAGCUGUGGAAGAGGAAGCGCUGCGUGCUCACCGAGGAAGGGCUGCGCCUGCAGAACUGCAAAGGCGGAGGAGGAGGAGGAGGAGGAGGAGGAGGCGGCGGUGGUGAUGCUCCGAGCCCGGCGUGGAGCUCCAAGGCCAAGGAGCUCCGCUUUGAGCGCAUGGCUACUGUGGAUUGCGUGGAGUACAAACGAGGGCAAGUGUAUUUCACCGUGGUCAUGGCUACGGGUAAGGAGAUUGACUUUCGGUGUCCGCAGGACGGCACGGCGUGGAACGCGGAGAUCGCUUUGGCACUGGUGCGCUACAAGAACCUGCAGGCGGUGCAAACAGGACGGAACAGACACCUGUCCACGGCGCACCUGGGCAGCACCGGGGAGGAUGAGGAGCUCUGAGCUGGUGAAGUCUUUCUUCUUUUUGGGAGUGAACCAAUCAGAGUGGAGAAGGGCAGAGGACGCCAGAUCCAUCAGCUUGACUCUGUCGUGCACAGCAUGAUGGGAUAUACAGAACGGCCUUCAGUAUGGAUCAAAGGACCCUGAACCAGUGCCACAGACACUCUUCUUGUCUUCCUUCAUGAGCUUACUCACACUGUUGUACAAAGCCUUGGAAUCUGAUAUACAUUGUAAACAACAUGGAUAAAAUAUUUUUCUGAGGUCAUUGUUGAGGCCGCUGCAUAAGGAAAAAACAUAGCAUUGUUUGGACGGAGACAAUGUUUAACCCUUGUGCCUUGAGGUUGGAAACAUAUCUUCCAUUUUUAUUUUUCAACGUUUUCUAACCCUGCUGAAACAGGAGUCACUUUAUUUCUUAAGUCUUGCUUUUGAUGGAAACACGUCGCUGUUUUUUAAAAAGAUAUUGUUAAAGACUGAACAGAUCUGCAUGCUUUUGCUAUAGUUGAACAUGAAGAAGAAAUAUUUUGCUCUGUUCGUUGCACAUUGUAUUCUAUAUAUUUGCUGA